ACUAACUGGCAGACUCUAGACCUCGGUCUUUCCGCGUCCUUCUACGCUUAGUUCCUACUCUUGUAGACCCUGCGCCCGAGGGAGAGUCGGAAAGGCCCCUCUGAUCAACAGCUGAAAUGCAUAAAAGCAGGGGGCAGAGUAGAAGACAUGGGAGAAGGAGCCACCGACACAACCCUUGGUUCAGACAGCAUGGUUCUAAUGAGAGGAAUAAUACAGGGGCACAGCAAAGCCCACAGGGUUCCAGCCACAGCGAUGACGAGGCCCCGUCGACCUCCUCCAGCACAGCUGGCAGUUCUUCCGUGCCAGAUCUACCAGGUUAUUACUUUGACCCUGAAAAGAAACGCUACUUCCGCUUGCUCCCUGGACAUAACAACUGCAACCCCCUCACGAAGGAGAGCAUCCGGCAGAAGGAAAUGGAGAGCAAAAGGCUGCAGCUGCUAGAGGAAGAGGACAAGCAGGGAAAGAAAAUAGCCAGGUUGGGAUUUAAUGCAUCUUCCUUACUACAAAAAAGCAAGCUGGGUUUUCUCAACGUCACCAGUUACUGCCGUUUAGCCCAUGAGCUGCGAGUGAGCUGCAUGCAGAGGAAAAAGGUCCAAAUUCAGAGCUCGGAUCCCUCCGCUUUGGCAAGUGACCGAUUUAACCUGAUACUGGCAGAUACCAACAGUGACCGGCUCUUCACCGUGAACGAUGUCAAAGUCGGGGGCUCCAAGUAUGGCAUCAUCAACCUGCACGGCCUGAAGACCCCCACGCUCAGGGUGCACAUGCAUGAAAACCUCUACUUCACCAACCGGAAGGUGAACGCUGUGAGCUGGGCCUCGCUGAAUCACCUGGAUUCCCACAUUCUGUAUCUUUUGGCAGGAGACUUGUACUUGGCUGUCCUUAACGGCUUUUCCAGGCUGUGCCUCAUGGGAAUUGCAGAGACUCCAGGCUGUGCCACCCUGCUCCCAGCGUCAUUGUUUGUCAGUAGUCAUCCAGCAGGAGACCGGCCUGGCAUGCUCUGCAGUUUCCGGAUCCCUGGGGCCUGGUCCUGUGCGUGGUCCCUGAACAUCCAGGCAAAUAACUGCUUUAGUACAGGCUUGUCUCGGCGAGUCCUGGUGACCAGCGUGGUGACGGGACACCGGCAGUCAUUUGGGACCAGCAGUGACGUCUUGGCCCAGCAGUUUGCUAUUACGGCUCCUUUGCUGUUUAAUGGCUGUCGUUCCGGUGAAAUCUUUGCCAUUGAUCUGCGUUGUCGAAAUCAGGGCAAGGGCUGGAAAGCCACCUGCCUGUUCCACGACUCAGCAGUUACCUCUGUGCAAAUCCUGCAAGGAGAGCAAUGCCUGAUGGCAUCCGACAUGGCUGGAACGAUCAAGCUGUGGGACCUGAGGACCACUAAGUGUGUUAGGCAGUACGAAGGGCACGUGAACGAGUAUGCCCACCUGCCCCUGCACGUGCAUGAGGAAGAAGGAAUCGUGGUGGCAGUGGGCCAGGACUGCUACACGAGAAUCUGGAGCCUCCAUGAUGCCCAGCUGCUCAGAACCAUACCCUCCCCACACCCCACUUCCAAGGCCGACAUUCCCAGUGUGGCCUUCUCUUCUCGGCUUGGGGGCUUCCGGGGAGCGCCAGGGCUGCUCAUGGCCAUCCGGCAGGACCUUUACUGCUUCUCCUACAGCUAAUUCUGCAGGUUGCAGCCUGGAGGGACAUGGAUGUGACUCAGGGGAGCAUAGGUAGCCAUAUUUUUGCCACAAUUGCCAUUUUCAGUGAGGGCAUUUCAAAUGGAUGCUCUUGUGUAUGCAUAUCCCAUCCAUCCAGCUGCUGGGGAAAAGGUGCUAUAUUUUAUGUGGAGACACUUCAGUAAAGUUAUAUCAGUUAAGUUGUGGGUUCAAGAAGCUUAAAAGCCCUUUUCAUAAAAGGUACCUAUUUCCUUUUCUUGUUGAAUUCCUUAGAAUAGUUCCUCCACCUUUUUUUUUUUUUUAAACAAAAAAUACUUUUCUAAGGGCUGAAGAUUGACAAUAACUAAAGCUGCUGCUUUCACCAAAAGCCCUUUCGAGAAGCCUAAUGAUGAGACUGGGUGAAACUGUUGACAGUCAGUGCCUGGGUCCCAGAAAGACAUGCAUCUAUACUUGAGAAAGCCAGCUGGAGAGAAGGGGGAGUCAUUUCUCUGAGUCUCUAGAGAUUUUACGGCUGAGUUGGGAAUCAUUAAACUGGCCUUCUCAAACUCACUCGAUAACCAGUGUCAGAUCUCUGGUAUUCUCAUUCAUUACCAUGUAUAGGCAUUGUAAGGAAAGAUGGAUCCUUUUAGAUGCUAGACAGGCCUUAGCAUGCAUAUGUUGAAGUACCUUCCAGAAUGUUAGGUACAGCAGCUCCUGUUUCUAUCAUGGUGACUUGAAUGUCAGAUUCAAGGGCCCCAUCUCAAAGAAAAUUGGCUUUGACUUUUUGUAAUCUAGGAGAAGCAGUUUGUGAGAUGUUUAUACAACACGUUAAUACAAAGAGCCUUUCUACCAAACAAUAAACUAGAAAGUAGAAAGAACCAGAACAUGGUAUGUUGCUUCUGUUAAUGGUUUAGGAGAUGAUGAUGCUUGCCUGCUGUAGCAUCAAACCAGCUACAGUAACAUCUGCUCAAACUCUGUGUGAGGAAGAGACUGAGACCAGUUUUAAUGGCUUUGCUGGAAAGCUUCCACUUGCUCCUGUGCCCCAAGAAGCUAUGGACUACCUCAGCAGGCUUUCUGGCCCGGGGUGGGUUCAGCCUAUGGGAUGUAGCAGCAGGAAAGCAGAGGGCAGAAGACUGAGGGAUUGUUAGUCCCCUGGCUCCCCUUCUGCUGGGGUGUGGUGGGCUGUGGCUGUGCUCCUCUACCCGAGUCUGCAGCUUCUGCUGGAACACAGCUCUCUGGAUUCCAGUGACUUCUCUCCAUUUGUCCCUUCAGACCUGCAGCUGAUAAUUGCAUCUUACUGUUGCUAGCCCAGGGUGCUUCACCAAUUAAACUCUCGUCGGUUACCCCCUUGA